CCACGUGACAGGGUAACCGGGGACACGAGAUACUGUCCUUGUUCCACCCCGACCACAGGUAUAUAAAGCGGUCGACUGACUUUGUUUACAUCAUUCGCUCUCUCGACAGCGGUAACACACAACCCUCCUACAGGAUGCAGCUGACCCUCGCAACCCUCGCGCUCCUGAUGGUGGCCGCCAUGCACUCGGCCGCCGGGACUCUCGUGCUCACCACGGGCUCCGUGGCGCUUUCGAGCAGCGCCGCCGCCCUGGCCGCCCUGAAGCUGAGCGCAGUAGGCGGCGCUAUCUUGGGCAGCGCCAUCGCCUCCCGUGGGCGCUCCAGGGGCAAGCGAGAGCAGGUACAGUGCUUGCCCGUUGCCAACACCGAGCUGUACUUCACCCUGGCCGCCAACUCCGACAAACUGGGCUGCGUCCAGCGGUUCGUGUGCGAAGUGUCCGCCCGGGAUGAGGCCGACCUGACGGAGGACGAGAGGCUGUUCAGAGACGCCUUCACCUCCAGCCACGCCCCCGGAGCGGGAUCCGCCCAGAGCCUGUUCGUGCGCGCGGCCUCCGUCGGCGCCAAGGGGGACCUCCGCCUCUGCGCCGACGAGUACAGCAAGUGCCCCAUCGACGGGAAGACCCUCCUGAGGGAGUUUAACAAGGCCCAGCUGCAGUAGGGGCAACCACGCUGCUCUCGAGGGGAAGGAAGCUGCAGUGAGUUCCUUCUCUCGAUCCGCGAGUCGUGUGGAUCUCCCUUUUCUCUCAGGCAGCUACGAAAUCUCUCUGAAUUUUUAUUCAAAAUGAAUAAUAUUUCCGGAAUUUCUUCCGUUACGAUGUUAAUAAAAUGGAGGUGCUUUUAA